AUUCAGAGGCGGAUCAAAACAUCAGCUAAGGGCCUAAUAAACAGGUUAUCGAACAAGAUCCGUACCCGUAAUUUAACCUGUUCAGAGAUGCAUAGCAUACCCAAUCGAAAAGCUUUCUCUAAUUCUUAAAGGAAGAAGAAGAGUCUUAUGCUCAAGUGAGUCUCUCAAUUAACCAGUCAACCCAAAUAUUCAGAGACUAGAGAGAGAGAGAGAGAGAGAGAGAGAGAAGGCUGUGACGACAUUGAUGGGCGUAGAGUUUAGGGUUUCUGAUUCUUUACACUGAUACAUUCCUCUUCGCCCAUGGCUUCCAAGCUCUUGUAUUUCCUUCUAUGCUUCCUCGCUCCCCUUCGCACCUCUCUUUCAGCUUCAGAAGAUGUGAACUUGCUGGAGUCAGUUCCUGACCUCGAGAAGUCAAUGUACAUGGUUGUUGAUGGAUUUCCUUGUGUGCGACUUCUUAACUUGUCUGGGGAGAUUGGUUGUUCAAAUCCUGGCCGUGAUAAAGUUGUUGCUCCAAUUGUAAGAUUCAAGAAUGCCGAUAACUUGGCUCAGUUAUCUGCAAUAUUGGUGUCAUUACAUGAAUUUGACAGUUUUCUUCUUAGAGUAUCAAAUGAUUCGAAUUUUACUAGAAAUAUUGGUGGUGUUUUGGUUGAAUCAGGAACUGAUAUCCAAAAUGAGUUAAAAGGAUUUUCUCCCGAUGAAAAGUUUCCGCAAGCUCAAUUCUCUCCUUAUCAAAAUAACAGUUAUCAAUGGAACCAAAUUGUAUGUUAUGAAUUAAUUGGAUCUGGUAUCAUGUGGAACAAUUACAAUUUUCCGGUAUUCUUACUUUCUGAGAGUAGCACAUUGACCCUGAAGGAGGCAGCCAUAAAGAAUGAUGGAAACAAGAAAGGUUAUACUGCAGAUGUUGCUGAAUUUGAUUUAGUCAUGCAGACAACAAAAGUGGGAACUCAUGAUUCAGCAUCUUGCUUGAAAGAAGAAACUUGCCUUCCAUUAGGUGGAUACAGUGUGUGGUCAGCACUUCCACCAAUUAAAACUUUGUCUUCAGAAUCAUCCAAGCGUACUAUAUUAACAGUGGCAUCCAUGGACUCUGCUUCUUUCUUUCGUGACAAAAGCCUUGGUGCAGAUUCCCCUAUAUCCGGAUUGAUCUCAUUGCUGGUGGCAGUUGAUGCUCUUUCUCGUGUUGAUGGUUUGGAUAAUCUUGGUAAACAGCUUGUUUUUGUAAUUUUCACUGGAGAGUCCUGGGGUUACCUUGGUAGUCGAAGAUUUCUACUUGAACUUGAUCAGCAUUCGGAUUCUGUUGAUGGGCUUAACCACACAUUGAUUGAUACGGUUGUGGAAAUUGGAUCUGUUGGGAAGGGCUUUAGUCAAGGAAUCACAAGAUUUUUCGCUCAUACCUCACAGGUUUCAGCUGCCACAAAUGAAACAUUGAAUGCCUUGCAACUUGCCCAAGACUCGCUUCAAUCUAGUGGCAUUAAGAUCUCGAAAGCAAAUGUGUCGAAUCCUGGCAUACCUCCAUCAUCGUUGAUGGCUUUUCUGAGGGAGAACUCUCAGAUUUCUGGGGUUGUCUUAGAAGAUUUUGACAGUGUCUUCACCAACCAAUUCUACCAUAGUCACCUUGAUAAUUUGUCGAACAUUAAUUCCUCGGCCAUAGAGGCUGCUGCUUCUCUUGUUGCCCGCACCCUUUACAUUCUUGCCAGUGAUAAUAAGGAUCCAAGUACUGUGGCUCUAAAUGCUAUCAAUGUGAAUACCUCUCUGGUUGAAGAACUUAUGGGCUGCCUAUUGAGCUGUGAUCCAGGCUUAUCAUGUGGGCUGGUGCAGCACUAUAUUUCUCCCUCUGGCACCUGCCCAAGCCACUAUGUUGGUGUCCUUCUUGGGGAACCUUCAUCCACACCUUAUCCUCCAUAUAUUGGUGAUGUUCCACGGUUUUUGUGGAAUUUUCUGGCUGAAAAAACAUCUGUUCCUUCUGAGAAUUCAGGUUCUUCUUGCCCAAAAAAUUGCAGCAACACUGGUCAAUUGUGCAUUCGAUCAGAGACUGAUGGGAAAGGAGUUUGUGUUGUCUCUACAACUAGGUAUGUACCAGCAUAUUCAACCCGGUUGAAGUAUGAGUCUGAAAGUUGGAAGGUGUUGACCCCCAAUUCCUCUGAUCAAAUGGGGAUGGUUGAUCCUGUUUGGACGGAGAGCAAUUGGGGAGUGAUUGGGCUUCGGGUGUAUACUGUACAGGAUGCAGCUUAUGACCGCAUAGUUUUGAUGGCGGGUUUUAGUGUUACAGUGUUGGCUUACCUUGCGAUAGUAAGCACAAGAGCCUUCAUUGCCAAGGCCUUGAAGCGGGAUUGACAUGAAAAUACAUUUUUGUAACCUUGUCUUUUUUAUUUUGUCACAAAGAUAGCCUUAAAGUAUGGUCCACAGGUUAGGCUUCUGGUUAUGGUACUUGUCUGACGUUGCCAGACUCUGGGUAAGUUUUUGAAUUAUACCCAUAGAAAAGUUAUGGGAAUACAGGGGUGAAAAGAACCAAAAAUCAAUUGCAUUGUACAUUUUAUUGUAGGAACUUUUAAAUUUUUUGCACUUGUAGGGUUGUUGCUUAUUUGAGUGGCAUCACUGCAAUACAUCAUUGAGACAUUGCAACUAAUUUAAUUGAAAUACAUAUAUUUUUUUUAUGCA